AUAAAACAUGCCAAAACGACAACGAGUCAUGGAUCAGGAUUGGGGCCUUCAUUCUUCCUCCUCUUCCUCCUCCUCUUCAGAUAGUAGCGACGAUGAGGGAGAGUUCAAACCUUGCGGGUUGUUUAAAUUACCCUUUGAAAUAGUCUCGCAUAUAUUCAUACUUUCGUCAAACCCCAAUUUGCCCAUUGUCAACCAAUUUUUAUACCGUCAACUCUAUUAUUGCUCAGACAGCAUAAAAAUCCGGUUCUUGGAGCACAAAUAUACGCCAGAGAAUGUAUUUGAAGAAGCAGUCAAGUACCCUUUUUUCAGUCUUGAACUUCUUAAACGACUUGAUAAACUGCAUAAUGAAAAAUUAUCGUUUAAGGGCAAGAAGAUCCCAGCACGACUAUUUUUAGAGGAACCCAGCGAGAGUUUGAGAGAAAGAGAUGCGAUCGUAUUAGAGCUGUUAGAGAGAGGCGCUUGUGCCAAUAGACCAAAAGGGUUUCCGCUAAUAAAAUCAGCGCAGUUAGGCCGACUUGAUCGGGUUAAGCUACUGAUUCAAUUUGGAGCAGACCCGACGAUACGAAACAAUAUGGCUCUACGUGUAUGCGCGGCAAGGAACAAUAAAGAGAUGGUUCUUUAUUUCCUGGACGAUUUGAAAGUAAAGCCAGAUAGCGAUACACUGAAAGCCUGUGUACAAAAGAAUUUAUGGGAAAUGUUUCAAAUCCUAGUGGAUCAUGGGGGUGUUCCUGAUAUGUCCACCAUUAAUUCCACUUAAUAUAUAUCCACCCCCACCCUCUACGUCCCAUACCUUUGCUAUAGACAUUGUUAAUAGAAGUACUCAAUAAAAAUUUAAUAAUAAAAAAAAAGGGUUUCCAAUUAUUAUGGGGUCCGCUAAAGAGUCA